AUGCGCUCUAACGACAGCCGUUGGGUCAGAACCGUGAGCGACUGGGUUUCUCGCGAUAUUAAGCGCACUACAGGAAGACCGUUCGGUGGUCAUAUUUUUUCACGACGUUCUUCAAAGAAAAUUAUGAUGUUUUUCGUGUCCCACGCGAAAGAGGGAACCACUGAGCGACUGUGGCAUGCGAUCGAGACAAAUGAAAGAAUUAAUGGCGCCUGCUUGACCACUUCGAAGAUCAACGGGAGUCAAGGUCAUCAGGAUGAAGACUGCAGGGCUGGCCUCAUUGGUCUUCAAGCGCUCGCUCGUGGACGCGGUGCGUUCGCAAGAAAGAAUGCCAUCUUCCACGCCGUUUUUUACGACGAUUAG